AUGCAAAAAGAAAUUAAAGAAGAAGAGUGUGAUUAUUCAUUCAAAAGUAAUAUUAAUAUAUAUUAUAAAAGUUGCCUUGGUUGGAGAAUGCGAUGUUGGGAAGACGUGUAUUUGGCAAAAUUAUUUGAAAGGAAUGAUACCAAAGAAAACUGUGCCAACAAUAGGAGUAGAAUUUGAAACAAAAUUCAUUACACUAUCUGAUGGAUCAAGAAUCAAAGCCCAGAUUUGGGAUACAGGUACUGAAUGAUUAUAGGAAGCUGGUUAAGAGAGAUAUCGUUCACUUACUAAUAGGUAGAUUAUUUAUUAUUGACACAUAAAGUCAUUUUAGAAAAGUAGUUGGAGCAUUAGCAAUAUUUGAUUUAACCAAUAAAACAAGUCUUGAAAAAUUAUAACUUUGGAUUUAAGAAUUAAAAAAUCAUGGAGAUAGUGAUAUUCAAAUAAUACUUGUAGGAAAUAAAUUAGAUUUAGUCUAAAAAAAUCCUAGUUGUAGAUAGGUAUUAGAAGAUGAUAUUAAAUAAUUUGUAAAGUAAAAUAAAUGGAAAGUAUUUGAAAUAUCUGCAUAAGUACCAGAAAAUGUUAAUCAAUGUUUUGAAUGUUUAUUUAUAGGUUUAUUUAUUAUAUUGAUUAAUUAAUUAGACCUUUGUAAAUAAAAAACUGGAUUUAGAGGAGGGGAACAAUCAUAAUUAAAACUUAUGAAAUAAUCUGCAAAUUUAAAUGAAGGAAAAUGUAAAUGUUGA